UAUUUCUAAACUUUCACAUGAUAAUUCAUGAUGGAUCGAUAUUACAUUGUCCAUUAUGGAUACCAAUGUCAAGUGAAUCAAUGUGUCCUUGAUUCAGUUAUACAACUUUUCAUUAGAAUUCAAUUUAAAAUCUGAUGAAUUAAUCAACCAUAGCCUGCGUUAAUAAUAACAUAAUUAUAUUAUAACAUAACGUUUUCUUUGAAUAUGAACUUCUUUCAAACAUUAUUUUGCCAUAUGGUUUGGCCAUUUAUUUAUAUAUACAAAACAGCUGCAGUCAUAAACAAUCAUCUAUUAAAAUAAUUUUAUUUUGUGUAUAUAUCAGAUCGAUGUUUCUGCGGAUAGCAUCAUUAAACGCUAAUCAUUAUUGUAAUGUGAAACCGGCCAAUCGAAUAUAUGAUACAUACUAUCACUGUGAUGCAUCAUUAUUUUGUAUAUAAUAAUUAUAUUAUUAUCACAUAAAAUAAAAUAAAAGUGAUUAAUGCCAGCGCAACAAGUUAUGUUUAAUGAAAAGCUAUCAUUCACCAUAAUUCCUAUACAACAUAACAUCUUCAUCAAAGCGCAUCCAAUUUUUGGCUUUCAAUGGUGUGAGACUGUUAAUUAGAUCGAUUUAUUGUAAAGAACAAAAGAUAAGCUUGAUUACAGCAUAUCGUAAAUCUAAUUCAAUCGAUCGUUAUCCAUUGCUAAAUCUUCAAUGGAACAACAAUUCAUAAUGAACAGUAGUAAGAUGCGUGUCGUUUAUACCAUUCUUUUAUUCAUCGCUCAAAUUGCAUUCGGACUCUCGUCAGCUAUUUACGGGCCUACAUUGAUCGAUCUGUCCGUCAUAUUCAGCAACAAUGAUGGUGACGAUUCCACGAUCAACGAUGGGCUAGGAUCAGUAUCACUAUUUUUUACAUUUUUCUGUGGUGGUUGUAUAACUGGUUCAUUCUUUACCAGUUUGUAUAAAUUCGAAAUUACAAGAAUGUAUUUAAAUCGUCAAUUCACCUUUUCCAUUCUUAUGAUGUUGGCCUCGAUAUUCCAUUCAUUAAUACCUCGAAUGCCAAGCAUAGCAUUAUUUUAUCUGGCCGCAUAUGGUAGCGGUUUUGGCCUUGGAACAUUCAAUGCUGUCUGCACAACAUGGUUAAUGGAAAUGUGGCAAGGAAAACGUCUUUCGUCCAUUCUACAGGCUGGUCAAUUCAUGUAUGGCCUUGGUUCCAUAUUCUCUCCUAUUAUGGUUAAGCCAUUUAUCCAUGGCAACGCAAACUCAACAAAUCAAACGAUAUUUGGACCAGAUACUAGACGAAAUGAACUUAGCAUUCCGUAUUAUAUUUCUGGUUCUCUUGAAUUUUCAAUCGGAGCCAGCAUGUUCGUUUUAUUUUUUCUGUAUCGAUAUCGGAACAAUAACACGUCAUCUGACAUAGCCAACGGCGGAUGGGGUGGAUCAUCACAACCGAAAAAAUUGCUUGAUGACCCUCGUCAUUCGUGCAAACGUUUAUGUUAUCAUAUUCUCAUAACGGCUAUAUUCGCUGCAUAUAAUCUCACUGAGAUCGGUUUCAGUAGCUUUCAAAAUACUUAUUAUCAACAACGUGAAGUUUCACCAGAAAAUGCUGCGGAUCUUGCAUCGAUUGGAUCUGCCGCUUAUACAUUGGGACGUUUGGCUAACGUUGUAUUGACACGGUUUUUGUCCAUUUCACUACUGCUGUAUGGUCAUCUCUCAUUGGCAGCAUUUGGAUUUAUCGGUCUCUAUCUGAUUCAAGACUAUCUACACAUGGCAAUGUGGGCAUUGAUAAUCGAUUCUGUUCUCAUCGGUUAUGCUCAAUCAGCCAUUAAUCCAGCAUUGUUUGGUUUUGCUGCUUCUUUUGCUACGCUGGAUGAUCGACACAAUUCAAUAUAUUAUACGGCUUUAGGUUUACCUAUGUUAUUCGCGCCUUUCAUUAUCGGGCCAAACAUUGAGCGAAUGCCUAGUAUCGUUUUGCAUUUGGCUUUAGGACCAAUCAUUCUUACCAUGGUUCUGUUCAUCAUUAUACGAUUGAUCAUUGGUAGCGCUCGUCGUGUGAUAUAGCUAAUGUUUAUGUGAUUUCACAUUAUAUAAGUCUUAUAAUCAAGUCUUACAUUUUUUCCUAUGUAUACGUCAUUGAAUGGAAUAAUUAGAAAUGAUAAUUUAUUAAAAAUUUUAGCUUUAUUAUUAAUGAA